CUUUUGUUCUCCAAAAAAACGAGUAUUAAACAUUAACAUUCAUGGGCAUUCUAUCAAAGCCAUUAACCUCCCCUGCGUUACUGAAUGCAUUCAUCAAAAAAUACGCAAGAUCCUCGAGUGAUCUAAAAAGAUCUCCAAGCAUCACAAGGAUUAUUUCAACGCUCUUAUUCUUGAGCUUUCUGGUUAAGUUCAUUCGUAACCGUUAUUUCCAUCCACUAAGCCAUAUCCCGAGCACCAUAUUCUCUGGAUCCUUUAUUUUCUCGGCUCUUAGCGUUUAUUCCGGACGCAGCCAUUACUUCCUGCCUGCAACACAUAAACGACACGGAAAAAUCGUUCGUGUAGCACCAAACAUAAUCUCCAUUGCGGACAAGGACGCUAUUCAUGAUAUUUUGGUCAAGGCGGACUACCCUAAGAGCAAGAUCUACAAUAAGAUGGAGUUGUAUAAUCAGCACAAUCUGUUUACAUCCUGUGACAAGAGCUUUCACAAGAACAGGAGACGAUUAGUGGCGCCCGCUUUUGGCCUACAAUACUUGCGUUCGUUAGAGCCUAUUAUGCAUGGGUGCAUUCAGGUGUUGAUUCAAACGAUCGAUGAGAUCCUUGUAGAUCCCACAUCAGUCAAGCGAGGCAAAGUUCUUCCUCCAGGACAUAUCGACGUUUGCUCACUCAUAAACCGGUUAUCGCUCGAUAUCAUUGGCGAAACUGCGUUUGGCCAUUCAUUUCAGAUGGUCCAGCAUGACGACCAUCCCUUUCCUAAACAAAUGGCCGAAUUACUUAAAAGAAGCAUGCAACAGGCAUUUAACCCGUGGGUACGAUGGCUCUUUCCCCUAGAUUACUCAUUUCUUCAGUUCCCAAUUGACCAAGUAAAAAUAAGAAAGGAUGCGGGUGAAAAAGGGAGGAGAGCUGAUCUCUUGCAGUAUCUGAUUGAUGCGCAAGCGAACGAGCGAGUGAGUGGAAACGGAGAGACUGGGAAUGAUUAUGAAGACAUGAUUUCAGGCAAGUUAACAGAUCGUGCCUUACAUACUGAGGUCCUAGUUUUUCUGAUUGCGGGUUCAGAAACAUCAUCUACUACAAUUACCAAUACGUUAAUGUAUCUUCUCAAGAAUCCAAAGACGCUCGAGAGGCUGCGCGAGGAGAUUGAUCAAGCGACAGCUAACAAUUCUGCUGGUGCAUUACCUUCAUACGAUCAAAUCCGGAAUCUGCCCUACCUUACGGCUUGUAUUAAUGAAUCUAUGCGUCUUCGUCCUGUUGCUGCCUCUGGCGUCCCUCGUGAAGUGGAUGAGGACGCUAACAUAUGUGGCUAUACUAUUCCAAAAGACACAAUCGUCCUCGCACAGUUCCCUCUACUCCAUUAUAGUGAGGAGUAUUUCCCGCAGCCAAAAGAUUAUAUUCCUGAGCGAUGGCUGCCUGGAGAUGAAUCUCCGUUCCCACCCGUGCAAGACCAUACAUUCUAUCCCUUCUCUGCAGGUACACGUAAUUGUGUGGGCAAGAACUUUGCGAUGAUGGAGAUGCGAUUGAUCCUGGCGUCAAUCGUGAAGACAUAUGAGCUUGAGCACGUCCCCCGACAGAGAACCGAUUAUGUGCAAUUCAUAACCACUGCCUUUGCGACCGAGAGCUAUGUGGUUAAGAUGAGGAGACGCAAGGACAUGGAGGCUCCUUUGAUGCAAUAGAGAUG